CACAAUUUCGCGGGUAAUCUUUCAUGGAUGAAGUUUGUGAUGUGCCGAUUCACGGUAAACAUUUCGGACUAAUCGAUGAUCAGAUGCACGAAAUCGAACCUCGUAUGAUUGAUUGUAGUACGAGUCAUCGAUAUGGCGACUGAAUUAGAAGAGAGAGACGCUAGUCCACAGGAUUCGGGUCAGAACACAAAUAUGACUAAAGAAAACAUCAAGGUGCCUUCAGCUCAGAAAAUGGAUACUGACUUUCUCAAGUUGUGUGAGGAGCUCGAACUCUCAGAAGAAGUGAAGAAAAAGGCGCUCGUCCAGCUGAAAAGUCUGAUGACUGGAAGCAGUUCUGAGGAUGGUCAGUCUUCCUACUUCGACCUGUUUACAUGUGCCUUGUAUAUGGCGAUGGUGGAUACCAGGAUGCCGUACGGUCCGCUGGACCCCCAGUUGCAGUGUGGCUACCUGGACGGCAACCCCUGCAUCACCCUCACUAGCCUGCUGCAACACACCAACCUCAACAUCACCGAGUUCUUCAAGAGGAUGCGGGUGCUGAAGGAGAGUUGUGCCGUCAGCGAGUCGGUCCGGCUGCAUCUACUGAGUCUGGAGAAAAACUAUUUGAUCGUGUCUGCCCUCUUCCACACAUUUGAAAAACUAUGCCGGUCUGUAUUUAGAGAAGAUCCCAAGACCGAUGAGGAUUCCAAUGAAGAAAAUGUAUAUUUCCGUGAGAAUGUGAUGCCGCCGGUGCCUGAGACUGAAGGAGUUUCAUUCAGGAAAAAGCUGUGUUGGACGAUCUUCCUGCAUACAAAAAAUCACUUCCUCGUUGACAACCAAGAUCUGAAUCAUGCUGUGUUGUUGCUCAUGUGUUGUUUAGAGUUUGUCCUCCGAACAACGCCGUCGUUUCUGCUGAAUCCCCCAUAUGAUGUGAUCCGCAUUGGUUGUUUACAAACAACAGAAAGCAGAACAACAAAUAUGUUGUUGAAACUUGCUGAACAGGUCAAAACAAGCAUUGAAGAGGUGCAAGUAAUUCAACAGAACUGUACGGAGCCCUUCUUCCACGAACUGCCGCACAUCGAUGGAGACCUGGAUCUGGAGAGGUUGAUGGAACAGUACGACGAGCGACAUAAAAAGGAAGGGGAUAUCAACGAGAUGCUUUUUCUUCGACAUGACAGUCACCUCAUACCAUCAGAUCAUAACAAAAACAGAGCCAGUGUGGACCAGUCCUGUGUGUCCGGAUCUCCACAAAUGAUGACUCCUGUCAGAGCUGCCAUGAACACUGUUCAACAACUGAAGAUCAUUCUCUGCAAUGCGAGUGAUCAGGCCAGUGACAAGCUCCUCAACUAUUUCAAGAACUGUGCAAUCGACCCAACUACCUCAAUAGCAGACAGAGUCAUUGAACUUGAGAGAGUGUUCACGUCCAACUUCGCGUCGAGUCAGACAACGAUAGCAGAGCAGCGAUUCACCAUGGCCAAGAGGUUGUACUACAGAGUGAUGGAGUCGAUGCUGAACAUGGAGCAUGACAGGUUGUCUACAAAUGAUUUCAGCAAGCUUCUGUGUUCGGACAGUUUCCACCGAUCUCUCCUCGCUGCCUCGGUGGAGAUAGUGCUGAUGACUUAUGGGCUUUCGUGCAAUCCAUCCCUGAGUGAGAUAGGUCGGGAGGACUCUCAGUUCUCCUUCCCCUGGGUUCUGGACGUCUUUCAUCUCCAGGCCUUCGACUUCUUCAAAGUGCUGGAGAGCUACAUCAGGGCUGAACCCAAACUCACCCGAGAAAUCAUCAAACAUCUGCAGUGGGUGGAGACACAGAUCCUGGAGACCAUAGCAUGGAAAGAGGGAUCAUCGUUAUUUAGUGCUAUUGAAAACUCGGACAUAAUGAUGACACAGCCGCAGUCCCCAUCAGCAUCGUCACAGAACUCACACAACACAAACACAGCCGCUGACAUGUAUCUGUCCCCUAUGCAUCCUCGGUCAGGGAUCCUGCCUCCGACUCCAACGAAAGGCUCCUCGUCCGUCAACUCCAGCGCUUCCCCCAGAGCAGCGGCAAGUCCAGGCAGUCAAGACGGGGCGUCCACUUCACGCCCAGCACCUCGGAGAUCUCAGUCUCUCAACCUUUUCUUCAGUAAAGUGGGGAGGACAGGUUUCCACAAACUCCAGAAGCUGUGCACCAUGCUGGAAGUGACCAAGGAAAUACAACAAAAGAUCUGGACGUGUUUUGAAUACUGCAUCACUAACAAGCCAGCCCUAAUGAGAAACAGACACAUCGACCAGAUUAUGAUGUGUUCGCUGUACGGGAUCUGCAAGGUCGUUGAGAAGGAGAUCAAGUUCAAGACGAUUGUCCACAUGUACAGGAACUUGGCACAUGUCGAUCAAGCGGUGUAUAAGAGUGCCUUCAUUCACGGGAGUGAGUUCGACUCCAUCAUCGGCUUCUACAACAAAGUCUUCAUGCAAAAUAUGAAGACCUACAUUCUACAGUUCUCCGUCAACAGACCUAUGGCCCCUACACUAUCUCCAGUUCCAAAGCAGAUGACGUCGCCCCUAACAGCUUCACCCGUGUUCAGCAUCCCUGGCAGGAAGAGGUUCUAUGUGUCGCCGCUGAAGGAGUCGCCGUUCAAGUUGCCGCCCUCACCGAGUCAGCUGACGCCAAGAAGCAGCUUACUGUACAGUUUCGGGGAGGGUCUUGGAUCGUCGGAGAAGCUGAGGAACAUCACAGAGAGUCUUUCAGCAUACAAGCGGCACUCAACGCCAAGAAGUCUGAAGCGUCUCCGCUUUGAUCAAGUUUCAGCCGAUGACGAACAGUGUGUACCCGAAACUUGCCCUAAAGUUGUGAAGAGAAUUGCCGUUGAUGUGUCACCUCUCAAGUCUCCAGCCCACAGCAGUAAGGAGUCCAACAAGAUGAAUUGAAGUGAUUCCUGCGGACAGACUUCACAGCCUUGAAAUUUUUUAAACUUUCUUAGAAAAUGGAAUUAUUAAACUGUAGUGCUGGUUAUUCAAAUGCAUUAACGAUGUAUAAAGAAGUUUUAAUAUUUAAUUUUUUUUAAAAAGAUAUAAUGAUGAAUUUUACAUACUAGAUAGUUAUUUAUUUUAAUAAUCUUACACAUUGUUAAAAAUUUCAGAUGUGUGUAUUCCUUAUAGUUGUUUUCAAUUAAAAACGAAUUGCCAAAAUAUUUAUGGAAAAAGAAUUUGUAGAAGAAUUGUACAUUUCAAGUAAAUAUUGUUUCUAAGUAUUAAAUAAGGGUUGCAGCAUGAUUGUCUAGGGAAGGGGGGCGGUCGGGUAGCCUAGUGGUUAAAGCGUUUGCUCGUCACGCUGAAGACCCGGGUUCGAUUCCCGACAUGGGUACAAUGUGUGAAGCCCAUUUCUGGUGUCCCUCGCCGUGAUAUUGCUGGAAUAUUGCUAAAAGCGGCGUAAAACCAUACUCACUCCCUCACUCACUCACUCACUCACUAUUAGGGAAGGUGUGCUAGCUAGCUGUUGUUGCUCUUUGUAGGAUUCUGUGUCCGAAUUGUUUACUCUUUUUUUAGAUUUGACCCAAUUCUUCAAGAGUCAUACCUUUGUUUUUGUGUUAGAGAUAUAUAGGCUGUUUUUGUUGCAAAAAGAUUGGGCUCCACUGUCGGGGAGACAAGGCACGUACCAUACAUCUUCAGUCAUGAUAUGUUACUGUCACUUUGAAACAAUGUUAUAUUAUUUUGUUAAAAUACUCCUGUUCAGUUCAGUACUACAUAUGACAUGAAGGCUUCUUAUCUUUAUUUCAAAAUUAUUAAAACUUUUGUGCAAGUUCAGAUUUUCUUAUCCAUAUCAUUUGAUGUCCAUCAGUCGUGGCAAAAGGUGGAGAAGUCUUAGGGAAGGGAGGUAACUCAAUGCUUGUAUCAAUAUUGCAAAAAUUACUUUGAGAGUAUAUGCAUUAAAUAUGUUCUGAUCUCUGAUGACAUACAAUAUUAUUACAUUCUUUCAUCAUACACUUAAUACAUAUUUCAGAAAUAUCACAAGUUUGUUUUCAAAAGUUUACAACUUUUGAUUGAUAAAAAAUGUAUGCUCUUUUCUUAUUUGAAGAAUUAUUUUUUUAUGAGUAAUAUAUUUUGACACAAUAUUAUUUUUGUUCAAUACUCAAAUGAUGUAGCAGGAUUAACUUAAUACUUACAAUAUUUUUCUCUCGUUACAAAGCACUUUAGGGUCAGUGUACCCUAUCUCCAUUCCAUAAUGGGCGGUCGGGUAGCCGCAUGGUUAAGGCGUUUGCUCGUAACGCGAAGACCCGGGUUAGAUUCCCGACAUGGGUACAAUGUGUGAAGCCCAUUUCUGGUGAUAUUGCUGGAAUAUUGCUAAAAGCGGUGGAGAACCCUACUCACUCACUCACUCACUCACUCAUGAAAACAUCUUUUCCAGCUUAGAGUAUUAUUAAGUAAUCUGCUGUCUGGAUAAACUUUUAUGCUCAUGCACAAGAGAAAUUCUAUCAGGAUUAUCAUACCUCCAUGUCAGAAUGAUGAGAUCUGAUUGGUCCACAUAGUCUUGAAAAAAUACUGUGUAACCUGCGUUUGAGGGUAAUAUAUUUUUCAGGGGGGAAAUAAAUCUCUUAUACCCCGCCACGAACAAUAGAGGUUGCAUGUGGAUUUCUGAGAGGCAGAGGCAGAAUAAAUCCCUGAAACCCCGUCAAAAAGCUGCACGCUUUUUCCGAGUCAGUGGAAGUCAUGUGACAUAGCAAACGUUAACAUCCGCUCCAUCAAACAGCUGUUUUGUAUCAAUUUUGAAUUCGUGUUAAGUCAUUUACGUCACAUGAAAACAGUUCGGUAAGAUAAAUUUGUUGCAGCAGGAUCACUCGGGGUUAGAUAGAAUAGAUUCCUCAGUGGGGGGGAUAAAUCUCUUAUACCCCGCCAUGAGCAAUACAGGCUGCACGUGGAUGUCUGAGAGAAAAAAUAAAUCCCUUUUUGCCUGCUUCAAAACAAAACGAAGCACACUUUUUCCGAGUUAAUGGAUGUCGCUUGACACAACGCAAGUUAAACUCAGCUCAAUCGAACAGCUGUUUUCUAACAAUUUUGAAUUGGUUUGAAUUCUUGUAAAAUGUCGUAUUAAAACAUUUGGGUAAGAUAAAUUCGUUGUAGCAGGAUCUCUCGGGGUACAGUUUUUGUUUUGCAUCCCUCGUUAGGUUUUAAACCAUGAGCCGGAGGCGAGUGGUAUAAAUCUAACGCGGGAUGCAUCAAACGCUAUGUACUCCUGUGAUCCUGCAACAACCUAUCUUGUAAAAUAAGGAUCAGAGAGGUUAGGAUGGUGACAUCACUUCAAACGGUGAUGAAGAGGUUCGGGUAUUUAUCAUACCAGAAGGAAGGUGUUCAAGUGGUUGAAGCGUUCGUUAGUCACCCAAUCCUGUUUGAUUCCCGCCGUCUUGUGAUGACCAUUUGGCCCGCCGUGACAUCUCGUCCAUUAUCAUUAAUAGAAUGGAGAAUUUUAUGGUGGAUGAUUGAGGUUGGGAAUAUAUAUAAGACAGAGAAAUGUUAAAUGCAGCACUCUUAUGCUGUCCUAUAGCUCCAAUGUUGAAACGUAUAUUCGCGCCAAGAUUGAUCUCAAAACCAUUGUCUAGCAAACACACGGGGAUACUGUAGCGUUAAUAUCACAAUCCAAGUGGCGAAUCCGAGUUAGAAUUGUUCCCAGCGAUAUGCUGGUCGGAACAGGCAUCGAAGAUGAUUGGGUGGUCAGGCUUGAUAACGUCUCGUCAUUGUUCCCAGUGUCAAGAACUGGUGGGUCUGUUCCAGACUUGAUUAUAUGCAAGCCACCUCCUUAUAGCUGGAACAUUCUGAGUCCUAAAUUAAGCUGUGCCGUAAAAGGUGACUUUGCUUGUCGUAAAAGGCGACUAACGGGAUCGGGUGGUCAGACUCGCUGACUUAGUUGAUGCAUGUCAUCGAUCCCAAUUGCGUGGAUUGAUGCUCAUGUUGUCAAUCACUGGAUUGUCUGGUCCAGACUCGAUUAUUUACAGACCGCCGUCAUAUAGCUGGAAUAUUGCUAAGUUAAACAACAAACCGACCAACCGACCUAGAUUAAACAACUAACUUAAGAUCACUUUGUUGAAUCUGUCCCAAGUUUCAAUUCUUAAGUCGUAGCUAGUACAACAUGUUUAGAACAAAAUGUAAUCUGGAUUCAUAAUUUUAUAAUAGAAAGUAGUUGAAUGUUACUCUGUUAUAGUACAUAUGUUAAGACUAGUUAGUAUUUUAAUAAAACAUACUUUGUGCAAUAAUGUAAGAAUUCUACCAAAAUAUGCAUCGUGUACACAGAAUAGUUAAAAAAUAAAUAAACUGUGAGUGAAGUUUAUGUGAAUUUUAAAAAUAUAUUUGCAUUCCGAUUGAAAUAAUGUCAAUCAAUACUUUUGGUGUGAAUGAAAUCUCGAAGCUCACUUUUGGGUAAAAUAUGUCCCCAUCCUUGAGUAUGAGUAAGUAUGUAGACAAGGAGGUAAGAUCUGUCAUCUUAUAUUCAUUUGGUAUUUCUUUUCGUAAGGACUAAUUUGCUUCCAAUAAAGUGACCCAAAUGCAUGAAUGCAGUUGCCGUUUUGAUUUUCUUGUCUCAAAUUUGAACUUCAUAUUUACCGAAAACACAAUUCUUGUUUAUCCGGGGUAGAAUAGGUCUUCACCAUUCUGGCUGUAAAAGGCGACUAUGCUUGUCGAAAGAGGCGACAAAGGGGAUCGGGUGGUCAGGCUCGCUGACUUGGUUGAUGCAUGUCAUGCUAUCCCAAUUGCGUGGAUGCUCAUGAUGUCAAUCACUGGAUUGUCUGGUCCAGGCUCGAUUAUUUACAGAACACCAAGUAUUCUUCAGUACUUGCGGAAGUAUUUCAAGAUUAUUAAACAUUAAUGUAGUAUAGGUGAGAACAGUCAAAUAUUACUUUGUUCAAGUUACUUUAUUGAUGUUUUAAAUAUUUGAAAGCAUGUUGUAGUUUAUUUGUAAAAAUGAAAUUUUACUUUGUCAGCUGUGUGUUAUGUCAAAUAAAACUGAUUUAUCCUCACA